AUGUCGACUUUGAACUGGAACCUACGUGUGGUGGUCUGGGCUGUGAAGGCAAUCAGGCGACUUGCGAUGGACAAAUGUGCAGUGAGUGUCAAGGACUGUCACUCGGUGCUGCCUUUGACUGUGCCCAUGUCGGUGGACCCGUUAAAGUAUCCGAUAUCCGAUCCUGUCGGCGAUGAUGGACCUGUUUCUCCUACGGACAAUCUGGAUCGAUGGUACGUCGAUGAUGAUGCCGAGUUUCUCGCCCAAGUUGCCGAAAUGACGCUUCCCGAGGCAUCCAAGGCUGCUGGGAUUCCCAUUGGAGCUGCCGUUUCCGAUGGACUUGGUGGUAUGACAGACUACAUCCCAACUGAAUACUAG